GGUUCGUUUUCUCUCUUUGGGGUUCUAGGGUUAUCGUGUCCCCCAUGGCGCAAGGUAGCAGAUCGAGCGGCAUUGUGAAGUGGUUUAAUGGCCAUAAGUGCUUCGGCUUCAUAACGCCGGACGACGGUGGGGAAGAUCUGUUCGUCCAUCAGUCCUCUAUCAAAUCUGACAGCUACUGCAGCCUCGCUAAGGGGGAAGCCGUCGAGUUCGAGAUCGAGCAGGGCGAUGAUGGACAGACCAAGGCUGUUGAUGUGAGUGGGCCCAACAGAUCCUCCGUACAAGGAGACUGGAGGGGUGGAGGAGGCAGCGGUGGCCGAGGCGGUCGUAGCGGCGGAGGUCGGGGAGGUGGGUACGGGUUCGAAGGUGGCGGUGGGUACGGUGGCGGUGGGUAUGGCUUCAACGGCGGUGGCGGAAGAUCUGGAGGCGGAAGAGGCGGACGCGGUGGGAGGAACGGUGAUGGUGGUGAUGGGUACGGUGGUGGCUACGACGGCAGUGGCGGAGGUGGUGGCAGAGGCGGAACUUGUUACAAUUGCCGUGAGCCGGGCCAUAUGGCAAGGGACUGUUAUCAAGGCAGCGGUGGCAGUGGAAGGAGUGGCGGCAAUGGUGGUGGGAGGUACGGAGGUGGCGGAGGCGGUGGCGGUGGCGGUGGUGGAUUGUGUUAUAACUGGGGGGAGCAAGGACAUUUUGCUAGGGAGCGCCCUAGUGGCUUGAUGAAAUGAAGUGGGUAGGUUUUUUUUUUUUUUUUUUGGCUCUUUUUUUGGGUUCCCAUUGGAUAUUUUGAAUUAGGUUUUGGUUUUUUAGGUUGUUGGUAGUGGAAAUUUGACCGUUGAUGGAGGUGGGUCCGAUUUUUCUCCUUUUUUUUUUCUGCUGAUAUGCAUUUUUUGGACUUGUUUUUGGAGCAAUCGUGCUUUGAUGUGGAGGAAAGGAAAGGUUUGUUUUGUUUAGAGAUUGAAAUCCGUUCUCUCUCUCUCUCUUUGUCUCUCUCCUUAUAUACAUAUAUGGUUUUAUUAAAUAAUAAUAAUAAUAAUAAUAA